CCCCGCUGACAGCCGCUAUCUCAGUUGACUACCGAACGCGGACCUACCACCUCAAUAUGAGGCGAAUUAACCAUAUAAUUACAACAACAAUAUUAACAAUUAUACUAUCGUUCGCUAGCUCCGAAUAUAAAUAUGAAACUAAAUGGUUCACAGUGCCGUUGGACCAUUUCAGUUUUCAAAGGAACGAGACUUUCAAAAUUAAAUAUUUAGUGAACGACAGUUAUUGGGAUAGGAACAAUGGACCCAUCUUCUUUUACACUGGGAAUGAGGGUCAAAUCGAGCAGUUUGCGAAAUAUACGGGCUUCAUAUGGGAGAACGCUGAGGAGUUCAAAGCGAAGAUUGUUUUUGCAGAGCACAGAUACUACGGCGCUUCAAUGCCCUUCGGCAACAAAUCUCUGGAUAACGAUCACAUUGGCUACCUGACGGCUGCGCAGGCGCUGGCCGACUACGCAGACCUGGUUGACUACCUCCAGGGCGGGGCUUUAAAUCCACGCUAUCCAGUUAUAGCUUUUGGAGGGUCUUACGGCGGCAUGCUGGCCGCGUACUUCCGCAUCAAGUACCCUCACCUGGUGACGGGCGCCAUAGCGGCGUCAGCACCAGUGCACAUGUUCACUGGUAUGGUGCCUUGUGACGUCUUCGACAGAAUCGUCACUUCGAGUUUCAACUUCGCUGAAAACACGCUGAACUGCACCGCCAAUAUUAAGGAGUCGUGGAAAUUUAUCAGAAACUUCACAACCUCCAAAAACAAUACUGACUGGCUCAAAACCCAGUGGAGACUAUGUGACCCUGUAAAGGAUGCCACGGACGUCCAGACAUUGAUAGAUUACCUGAAGGACAUGUACACCAGCCUUGCCAUGGUCAACUACCCAUACCCAUCAGCCUUCCUGAUGCCGUUGCCUGCUAACCCAGUGAGAACUGCGUGCCAAUACCUCAAUAAGAAACUGCAAGGCAAGGAGUUGUUGAAGGCCAUAGGAAAGGUGUUAGAAAUGUACACGAAUUAUGACAAGAAUAACAAAUGCGUUAAUUACAAAUCUGACAAUUAUGGGAAUUUGGACGCUAGCGGCUGGGACUACCAGGCCUGCACAGAAAUGGUAAUGCCCAUGUGUACCAGCGACACGGACAUGUUCGAGGCGAACACGUGGAAUUUGACCAAGUACUCCGAGGAGUGCCACAAGAAAUACAACGUGUACCCUCGCCCUGACGCCGCUAGAGUUCAGUACGGAGGAGACAGGCUGCAGGCGGCCACGAAUAUUGUGUUCAGUAAUGGAUUGCUGGACCCCUGGGCUGGUGGUGGAAUCCUGAACAGCCUGAGUGAGACAACCAUAGCAGUGGUGAUCAUAAACACGGCCCACCACCUCGACCUGAUGCCAAGCAACAAAGAUGAUCCAGAAACUGUACGGAUGACCAGGAAUAUCCACAAGCAGCAGAUACACAAGUGGAUCAGGGCGUUCCGGCAACAGUAAUAGGUUAUAAUGAUUAAAUAUGUGU